GAGGGAGGGGUGCGCAGACGCGCAGCGGCUGGCCAGCGCCUGGGGCGUGUCAGGCUGGGGGCGGAGAGCAGGCGGCCCGCACUCCCUCCAGCAGCUCUAGCUCCGGCCACUGGCGCUCCCGCGCCGCACUUGGCCGCCUUCAUGUGAAGCGCCGGGUCUCCUCCCCCUCCCUCCCCUUCCUUCCCUCCCUCCCUCCCUGUCCCCUCCUCCUCCCGCUCCUGCUCCCCGGGGGGCCCCCAGCCCGUCUGGGCGCUGACACCAGGGGCGGGGGUCCCUGCUGCCACCGCCACCGUGUCUCGCGCAGGCUUCGGCUGGGGUGUCGGAGCCCCAGGCUUGACCAUGGACCGGCCCCUGGCGUCAUCGGCCGAGACGGAGGAGGAACUGGAGUGGCAAGUGGCAAGUCGGAGGAGGAAGGUCUGGGCCCAGUGCCGCGGCUCCUGGCAGGCUUCGGAGACGGAGGAUCUGUCCACAGAAGCGACAACUCAGGACGAAGACGAGGACGACGAGGAAGAGGAAGAUCUCCCCGGUGCACAGCUGCCGGUUGCCGCGGAGAGAGGAAACGUGCCCAAUGAGAAGAUCGCAAUAUGGCUCAAGGACUGCCGUACCCCUUUGGGAGCCUCACUGGAUGAGCAAAGCAGCAGUACACUCAAGGGUGUGCUUGUGAGAAAUGGAGGAAGUUUUGAAGAUGAUUUGUCCUUGGGAGCUGAAGCCAACCACCUCCAUGAAAGUGAUGCUCAAAUUGAAAACUGCAAUAAUAUAUUGGCCAAAGAGAGAAGACUGCAGUUUCAUCAGAAAGGGAGAAGUAUGAAUUCCACUGGAUCUGGGAAAAGUAGUGGGACAGUCUCAAGUGUUUCAGAACUGUUGGAACUUUAUGAAGAAGAUCCUGAAGAAAUUCUUUAUAAUCUUGGAUUUGGACGGGAUGAACCAGAUAUUGCUUCUAAAAUUCCAUCAAGAUUUUUUAAUUCAUCAUCAUUUGCCAGAGGGAUAGAUAUUAAAGUAUUUUUGAGUGCGCAAAUGCAACGGAUGGAAGUAGAAAACCCAAAUUAUGCUUUAACAAGCCGAUUUCGUCAAAUUGAAGUGCUUACUACUGUGGCCAAUGUGUUUUCUUCAUUGUAUUCCCAAGUCUCUGGAACUCCCUUGCAGAGAAUUGGAAGUGUGUCCUCGGUGACCUCAAACAAGGAGACUGACUCACCUCCACCUUUAACACGAAGUAACACUGCAAAUCGCUUAAUGAAAACACUAUCAAAACUAAAUUUAUGUGUUGAUAAAACAGAGAAAGGAGAAGGUGGUAGUCCUUCCCCAGGAGCUGAAAAAGGGAAGGUUCUGAAGGCCACAGCAACUGAAGAGGGUGUUAAUAAAAAUGAUCAAAAGUCUCAAAAAAUUAUGAAGAAGAAAGACUCAUCUUUCUUGUUGGCUACAGUUAAAGAAGAGGCAGCAGGUAGUUCAGCAGCUGUGAUGGAGAACACUGACACUGAUAGGCUUUCUCAUGAAGCAAAUAGUAACUUUAACCAAGAAACUGUAAGCGAACAAAGUAAAGCAUCUCAAUGUAAUGAGAAUAGACUGGGUGAGGAACCUGGUGUUGUAGAAUCUGAUUUAAGUAGUGAUUUCAACAUGUCCAGCCACAAUGAGCUAGAAGAUAGCAGUGAGCUGCAAGAUACCCAUAUGUGUACAUCUGAAAAAGAGCCAUGUGUACCACUGACUAACCCGUCCAUCAGAAAUAUAAUGGCACAGCAGAAGGACUCUUUCGAAAUGGAAGAGGUUCAAAGUACAGAGGGAGAGGCUCCUCAUGUUCCAGCCACUUACCAGUUAGGUCUGACCAAAUCAAAACGAGAUCAUCUAUUACGUACUGCAAGUCAGCAUUCCGAUAGCAGUGGUUUUGCUGAAGAUUCAACAGAUUGCCUCUCUCUUAACCAUCUUCAGGUUCAGGAGUCCUUGCAAGCUAUGGGGAGUAGUGCUGACAGUUGUGAUAGCGAAACAACAGUCACAUCAUUUGGUGAAGAGCUUGUCACACCAAAAGCACAAGAACAGCCUUAUUUUAAUGAAUCUGAGGAGGAGUCCCUUAUCCCUCCUCAGAAGGGAAGGGAGAAGACACCAACCAGUGCUGGCAAAAGAAAGUCAGCUAGUCAGAAUUUCCCCAAAUGUGAGACUGCUGAGGCUGUUGGAAAUGAACAAUCUACCUGUCGUCAAGAGAAUUACAUGACUGAAAUCAGUGGAACUCAAGAGGAUACUUCUCCAGCUCACAGAGUCCAGCUGCCCAGGGAAGAAAGUGCUGAAAGUGAUGUGGAUAAAAACAGUGAAUGUGAAUUUGCCCAAUAUACCACACACCAUAUUCUUAAAUCAUUGGCUUCUAUUGAAGCUAAAUGUAACAAUAAAGGCUCUGAAGAUACAGUUGUGCCUACUCCCUCCUCUGUGGACAGAGUUAACACAGCUUUGCAAAGAGCUCAAAUGAAGGUUUGUAGUCAACGAGUAGGACGUAGCUUGAUAAAAUCGAAAGAUCUGUUAAAACAGAGGCUCUUAAUUGCAAAAGCUGGCUAUCCUCUGAGAAGGUCUCAAUCUUUACCAACCACAUUAUUGAGCCCAGUAAGGGUUGUGUCUGCUGUCAAUGUCCGCUUGUCUCCAGGAAAAGAGACCAGAUGCAGUCCACCUUCCUUCACCUACAAGUACACACCUGAAGAAGAGCAGGAAUUGGAGACAGAAGUGACUGAGCGUGAUGGUCAGUCUCUAGUUAAAUCCACAAUUUUCAUUUCUCCAACUUCUGUGAAGAAAGAAGAAGGCUCCCAGAGUGAAGUGAACCAGCUGGAAGAAGGCCAUCAUCGAAGGACUCCCACCUGCUCGUACUAUGCUCCGGCGCCUAUAUCCCAGUCCACUUGCUCCCUUCACUCUGUUCACUCUGAUUGGCAGGAGAGACCCCUGUGUGAGCACAUGCGAACUCUGAGCACUCACAGUGUCCCCAACAUAUCCGGAGCUACCUGUAGUGCCUUCUCUCCUCCUUUUGGGUGUCCUUACUCACAUAGACAUGCUGCCUAUCCUUACCGGGCAUGCUCGGUGAAUCCUCCUUCUGCCAUCGAAAUGCAGCUGCGAAGAGUGCUGCAUGAUAUUAGAAACUCACUGCAGAAUCUUUCACAGUACCCGAUGAUAAGAGGACCUGAUCUUGCUGCUGCCCCAUACAGUACUCAGAAGUCAUCUGUUCUACCUCUUUAUGAAAAUACUUUUCAGGAGCUCCAAGUAAUGAGGCGGAGCCUGAAUUUGUUUAGAACACAAAUGAUGGAUUUAGAAUUGGCAAUGCUGCGUCAGCAAACCAUGGUUUAUCAUCAUAUGACUGAAGAGGAAAGAUACGAAGUUGAUCAGCUGCAGAGUUUGAGAAACUCCGUCCGGAUGGAGCUUCAGGACCUGGAGCUGCAGUUGGAAGAGCGCCUGCUGGGCCUGGAAGAGCAGCUUCGCGCCGUACGCGUGGCCUCUCCCUUCCGCUCCUCAGCACUCGUGGGGAUGUGUGGCAGUAGGAGCGCUGAUAACUUGUCAUGCCCUUCUCCAUUGAAUGUAAUGGAACCAGUCACUGAACUGAUGCGGGAACAGUCUUACCUGAAGUCUGAAUUGGGCCUGGCGCUUGGAGAAAUGGGGUUUGAAAUUCCUCCUGGAGAAAGCUCAGAAUCCGUUUUCUCCCAAGGAACAUCAGAGUCAUCUUCUGUGUGUUCCAGUCCCUCUCAUACUAAGAGAAGAACUGGUGACUCAGUGGGCAAAGCCCAAACCCAGUUAGUGUCAAGGAAGAAAGUAUUCCGUGCCUCAGUAGCUCUCACACCCACAGCUCCUUCUAGAGCAGGUUCUGUGCAGACCCCUCCAGAAUUGGAAAGUUCUGAGGACGUUGGAGCAGCUGAAGAAGCAUCGGAGGCUGUCAGACCUACAUCUGAAGUGGAAGAAGGCCAUGGAAGUGUCCCAUUAGUGCCAGCCACUGAGGAAAUGCAUAAAAAUGUGGAGCAAGAUGAGUUGCAGCAAGUCAUACGGGAGAUUAAAGAGUCUAUUGUUGGGGAAAUCCGAAGGGAAAUUGUAAGUGGACUUUUGGCAGCAGUGUCUUCAAGUAAAGCAUCUAAGCAAGACAAAUAGUUAUUAAAUAGACUUUACAGGUUGACAUGAAUUGUAUUAGUUAUAUAAUAUUGAAGAUAUCGAUGGCAUACACUGGUGGAGGUGUUAUUUGUGUUUCAGAAGACACUUGCUGUUGAACUCUGGGCUACUGUAUAAAUGUACAAUGUUAAUUCUUUCCAUAUCUUUUAAAAACUACGUAAAAACUUAGAUAGACACUUUGCUAACCUUUCUUUUCUAAACUUUCAAAACUGUUAGCAGUUUGAAAACCUAAUAUUUAUUUGUAUGUCAAUAUUUUCUAACUGAUUACCAUAUGUAGAGUUAAUUUUAAAACUUGAAGCCUUCCAGACUUAACCAACUUAUAAAUAACAUACUUCUUUAGAAUAGCUUCUUAAAACACUGACCUCUAUGAGGUAUUUACUGUGCAAUAACUGAUUCAUUUUUUGAGAGCUUGAAGCAACCAAUGAUUUUUGUUUUUCCACUACUGUUAAUUAGUGUCACUUCCAAGAAGAAAACUUGUUCUGGUGUAAAAAUUGAUAUUAAUUCUUGAGGGAGUUACUAAUGCAGUAUGAUAGAAUUGUAUGAGGUUACCAACAACUACUUACUGUUCUUACACUGUAAGCCUUGCUACUUUACCCAAGACAAAUGUAAUUUUAUUAUAGCUUACAUAAUAUUUUUCUUUUGGAAAUAUGCCUUAUGUUAAACACUAUGUACUUUUUGCCUUGCUCAGACUUCUUUUUUAAAAGGAGAGGUUUCUUCUUCUGUCUUUUAGACAAAAUAGUAGAAUAUUGUCAAAAUAGCGGGGCCUAUGACUUGAAUUAAUAGAAAUGAUUAAGCUGUUUUUUGUCUUUUCAAAGUGGACAUAAUUUAGAUUUGUUCUCCUCAUCCAUAGAUGGUUUGAAUUCAGUUUUGACCACUGAAAAAUGUUUGUUUUUAUGAAAAAAUAAACAAGGAAAAUGAUGUCCUAUUUGGUUUUAUAUGUGUUAAAUAGAUGUAUAACGUAACAACCAAAUGUUAUUGGCAUUCUUUUAGCAUCAAUAGUUUUCAACACGUUUCUUUGUGUGUAAACUUUAAUCAAAAGUGGUUGAGAUAUUAACAGUAUUCGUUGAAAGAAUAUCUAAAAGGUCUAUGAAUGAAUUAUCACACAAAGAUUGAUUUCUGAGAAAAAAAAAUUAAAACAAUAAAAUAUUUAUUUUGCCUAA